AUGCGAGACUGAGUCUCAUGAUGUCAAGGGCUAAUCCGGCCCCUUCCUGCUUUGCUCCCUCCUUCCUUCUUCCCCUCGUGCGUGGGAAACUGGAGUCCGGAUUUCCCAGGAGCGAGAGAAGUUUGCCUUCUGGAAGAGGCGGAGGAUGGGGAGACUUUGAGCCCUUUAAGCCUGGAACAGCAAAAUCUGCAGAGUAACUUCUUGUUGAUUUAUCAGCCUGCCGUAUUCUCUAUUUUUGCUGAGUGUGUGAGAGAGAGAGACGUACACGCAGCACACCUAAUGAGCGGUUUCCGAGACAUGAGUGCCUGAGGCGACUGUUUUGGGAUUUUGCUGGGAGAAAGCCAGCCGUCUUCAGAAACGGAAAACCUCAGUGGAGCAAGUGCCAACAUUAGCCUCGUGCUUCCGGCUGAAGGCGGCAUUAGAACAGGAAGUUCUUCCAGGAAUGAAAAUGGAGGAUCAGGACUCGGAGAGCCUCAAGCCAUUGGCAGGACUGGAAGGGAAGGGCAAAGGCCCUCGCAGCGUUCCGUUUGGGUCCACGAGGGCGUAUCUUGGCUGGGCGCCGCCCCCACCAGUCAAACAGGAACCGGAUGAAGGGUUGUCCCAGUGCUGGGAGACCCCGUUGAAGGAGUUCCCAAAGGCAGGCCAUUCCCCUCAGUCGGGGCGAGGAAGCCUACGGCUGCUGGAGCCCACCCCCUGGGACGACACGAAGGCCUUCCUGGGGUCUUUCAAGGGGGCUGUGGAAGGCAGCCAGUGGCCCCGCGAAGAAGGGGGCCCCCGAGCCGUUUCAGGGACCGAAAGGGGAGGCUUCGGGGCAGGGAAGGAAGAGACCCCCGGAGGGGACGCUUUGAACAGGGAUAUCCACUGCCAGCGUUUCCGGGGAUUCCGCUACCAGGAGGCCGAGGGGCCCCGGGAGGCUUGCGGCCGCCUCUGGUACCUCUGCCACCGGUGGCUGAAGCCGGAGAGAAACUCCAAGGAGCAGAUCCUGGAGCUGCUGAUCCUGGAGCAGUUCUUGACCAUCUUGCCAGCGGAGAUCCAGAGCUGGGUGAAGGGAAACAGCCCGGAGACUUGCGCCCAAGCGGUGGGGCUGGCCGAAGAUUUCCUGCAGAUGAAACAGGAGGCUGAGAGGCGGGAGGAAAAGCAUGCACCAAUAGAAACCGAUGCAGAGAGCUCCCAUUUGGCGGCAGAGCACUUCAUGUUGGCCGAGUCGAUUCCGAGCCCCCCGGAUGUUAACCUUCCCUCUCCAGAGCCCCGGAGAAGGAGGGACGCUUGGUCCCGCAAGGAGACCAUUGCCUUCAUCGACAUCUGGAAAGCGGAGGACGUCCAGAUUGCUCUAGGGCAACAGUACCGCAACAUGAAGCUGUUUGCGUGGAUCGCGGACCGGCUGCGGGAGAGCGGCUUUGAACGGGACGCGGAGCAGUGCCGCAGCCGGGCCAAGGACCUCAAGAGGGGCUACAAAGAAAUCAAGUGUGGGAACCUGCACUCGGGCCGGGCCCCCAAAACGGCCCCCUACUUCAAGCUCCUGGAGCAGUUCCUGUGCCUGCGGAAAGGCAUCGUCUGCGGUAAGGUCUGCGGUGCUGGCGUGGUGGAGAGGCUGGACAAGCGGCGGAAGAGGCUGCCGCUCAACCCCAUGGCGGCCACCAGGAUCGCGCGGGAAGCCAUCCAUUCUGCACCGGAGGUGUGUGCUCCGGAACCACAGUCCGUCACUCCCAUCCCACAGGCCCUCCCUCCCAAAGAGCUUCCGGGGACCCCCAGCGAGCAGGUUCAGAAAACCCAGAAGGCAUCCCAGGACGACGAUGUCCAGAUUGUGGAGAAAAAAGACCCCCCUCGGAGGAGUGAAGAGCAUGCCCUGUUGCCCCCCAAAGAGACUCCCGCUGAAGCUCAAGCCGCUGAUGCUGGAGAGGAGCAGAGGAGGCUGCCCAUGAGCAACGCCGAACGCAUGCGCUACAGGCGGGAGCGAAACUGGAGGCAGCGCAUGGAGAUCAGCCGUCGCCUGACGGAAUCCUCCCCGUCUUCCGCCUCUUCCGCUUCCAAGGCCAACUCUGACCUUGUGGACACCCUCCGGCAGCUGCACCAGCAGGACCUGAAGACCUUUGAGCACACGAGGCAGGAGGAGCGGGCCGAAGACAAGCACGAGAGGCAGCAAGAGAAGCAGGAGCGGGAGCAGGACCGGGCCACCACUCACCGCAUGAUAGCCGCCAUUGAGCGGUCCCACCAGACCCUGGCGGAUCUCAUGGGGAGGCAGACCUCUGCUAUGGAAGCCAUUGCAACUGCGUUUUCGUCCCAGAGGUACCCUUCCCCGGGCCCCUUUCCGGGCUACAAUAUGUACCCGGGGUUCAGCCCCGCCUGGUCUGCUCAGCAGCCUGUUCCCAAAUCCGGGGACAAGCAGGCCAACGCUUCCGGGAGUAACGCAAGAGGCCUGGAUCCCCCUGGCCGGGACGAACCUGGGGCAUACCUUCCUGCAGUGGCACAAAACGAUAUGGGGCCUGAGCAGGCACGGCCCCUCCCUGGCCCCCCCGCCAGCUGCCAUUCUGACCCUGGUCCGUCCCCCGCUCUGCUGGUCCCCAGUCCUGAGGAUGCCCCCACCUCAUCCUUGCCGGCCGCCCCCCAGGCCCUCAGUGCCAGUCCAAAGCGCAUCACGAAGAGAAAAAAUUGUGACUGAGAAACUGUCAACCCCUCACAUUCAGCACUGACCAAGUCCUUUUUUUUUUUUUUAUUCCUUUCUGAGCAAUCUUGUUCCUUUUUCUUUUUUUUUUUUGGAAAUUAAAUAUAUACAUUUGUUGUUGGUUUGCCUUCA